AUGACCACGAACCCACAGAAAUGGAGAGCCCCUCUGAACCUUCUCCGUUGCUACGAUGUCGUUUCGACUCAUAACACCCGGCGUCUGUUGCACGACGGCCCAGACACUGUGGAGGAACUCCUAGACAGACACGUGGUGAAGAAAGUGAAACACUUGGACGAGGAGGAGGAAGAGCUGCUGAAUCGGCGGCGACUGACGACCACGCGUCGGGAGGCGCUGUGUCUUUAUCGAGACAUUCUCAGGGCGACGCGGUUCUUCAUGUGGACGGACUCUCGGGGCGUGCUAUGGCGAGAUGUGUUGAGAGAGAACGCGAGGAAGGAGUUCGAGGAGGCCCGGUUCGAAACGGAUCCGGAAGUUGUGACCCGAUUGCUGAUCGGAGGGCAUGAUGCUGUACAGUCGGCGUUGGAUAAGCUCGCCGAGAAGCAGAGGCAGCAGAUUCAGAAGGAGCGAAGCGGUGGUGAAGAUCAACCGUAA